AGCCAACAUGAGGGUUUUACUAGUCGCCUUGCUAACUGUCACUAUUGUGUUUACCAACGCCUCCCCGGCAGAUCUGUGGCGAGCUGUGUUAGACCCAGAAGUUUUGUAUGAAGUCUCUGAUAAUAUUCCUGCAUUGGCUACGAAAUUAAACCUGACAACGUUGGUACAGUUUGUAACCAAAGCGGGACUUGCAGGACCUCUGUCUGGACCAGGCCCAUUUACAGUAUUCGGUCCUGACAAUGCUGCUUUUGGAAAACUGCCUAAGGCAUUGGUGGACAUACUUAUGAAGAAUACAACAUUAUUGGCCGAGGUAUUGAAAUAUCAUGUGAUAGCAGGGGCCGUGUACUCUAGUGCGAUAACCAAUGAACUGACAGCCCCUACCCUGUUACCAGGAGCUGACAUCCGAUUGAACGUCUAUGGCAAGACAGUAACGGCAUCAGGAAGAAAAGUGAUUAAAGUCGAUCAGAAUGCAACCAAUGGUGUGAUCCAUGUACUCGGUGGUGUUAUGCUUCCACCUGCAGGAACUGUUACUAAGUUGGCACAGGAAACUCCAAAAACAUUCUCCACAUUGGUUCAUGCACUAGUUGCUGCUAAUUUAGCUAAUGCUCUGAACGGCCCAGGUCCGUUCACAGUCUUUGCACCAACAAAUCAAGCUUUUGCCAAUCUUCCACCUGGAGCUCUUAUUGAUCUCUUGAAGAAUCCCAAAAAACUAGCAGCUGUAUUGUUAUACCAUGUUGUUGAUGGAACAUUCUACAGUGCUGCUUUAUCAGAUGGCUUGAAAGUUCAAACCAAAAAUGGAAAAAAUGUCACCGUUUCUAUCAGUGGUUCUAAUGUUAAAGUGAACGAUGCCAAUGUUAUAGAAGCCGAUGUAACAGUAACCAAUGGAGCUGUCCACGUGAUCGAUGCCGUCCUUCUUCCACCUAAUAUGAGAUUCGAACGCAUCGACGAACAUCGAACACAUAUUGUCCCUGUACAGAAACACGAACAAUAUCGAAUGCGUCUUAUCAAAACUUUAAAUUCAUUCCAAGUUGUUUAAAUAUCAUGUAGUUAUCAUAAAUAUUUUUAAGUUUUAAAUUUUGUUAAUAAAAUAUUGUUUAUAAUUU